CUCUUUACUUGGUUAUUUUCUUACAAAUGUCGAAUACAGUCUUUUUUUUUAAAAAAUUCCGUUCUUCUACUUUAGGAGUUCUCGUAGUCAAACUUGUCUACAUUGCUCAUUAGCCGAGAGAAACAAACAUAAGCAUCCUCUCUUACAAGAAGGUUGAAGAAGGGAAAACGAAGCCUUGGGACUAUAUCCAGUAUUUUCCAUUUUCUGCUGUGCCAGCCUUUGAAGUUGACAAGACUGUGCAAUAUUUUGUAUUUUCCUCUUUCUUUCCGGAUAAAGAUACAUGUAUGUAUGUAGAUGUGAAUGAUAAUGUUUAGGGUGUGAAUGUGUAGAUGUAUGAUAGGGUGUGAGUAUAUAGAUGUAUGUUUAGGGUGUGAAUGUAUAAAUAGAUGAAUGUUUAGGGUGCGAUGGUUUAGAUGUAUGUUAGGGUGUGAUAGUAUAGAUGUAUUAUUAGGGUGUGAUUGUAUAGAUGUAUAAAUAGGGGGAGAUUGUAUAGUUGUAUGUAUAGGUUGUAUAGAUGGGCGUGUGAGUGAGCAUAGCGCCCAAUGCGUGACUAGUGUAGUUCCUACAGCAACCUACAACAAAUCGCUAGACACACACAAGAAAAUAACAACCACUCUAAAAUAACAAAAACAAACAAACCUUGGAAUGACAGUCGCCCAAAUGACAGGUACCCGAAGCCCCUAUUUAAUGAAUUUGAACCUGACCCGAAAUCUUAGUUUAUUUUAAAUAACUAAACACGAAAAACGUGAAUCCGAAAUACUCGAAAUAAAACUUACACACACAACUAAAAGAAUAAAGAAAGUUUUUUAGUAACAAAAAUGGUAGUCGAAACAUUAAAUAAAUCUUAAAAGCACAAAAACAGCAAAAUAAGUCUAAAAACAGUAAACAAAUUUUUUAGUAACAAAAAAGGAAAACAAACGAAACACUAAAUAAAUCUUAAAUCGCAGCACAAAAACAGCAAAAUAAGUCGAAAAACAGUAAACAAAUUUUUUAGUAACAAAAAAGGAAAGAAACAAAAAUGUUAGUUUCGAAACACUAAAUAAAUCGAAAAACAGUAAAAUAAGUCGAAAAACAGUAAAUAAAUUUUUUAUCAAAGCCCCAAAAAAAGAAGGAGAAUAAACCAUUAAAUGACAAAAACACGAAAAUGUCAUUCGAAACACCUUAAAAUGCCAGUCGAAACACUAAAUAAAAACCACACUAAAAA